UUCCAUCUGCCCCCUAUAGCUUUCGGUCAUGCUAUGCCGAAGCCAUGGCAGCCAUUAAUCCCCGAUCACAGUUUAUUCCCGAACGCUGGCCCUGUCGAAGAGAUCUUGACGAACACCGCCAAGAUCCCUCCCAACUUUGAGCCCGUUGAUUUGAAGAACCGCGACUUCGAGGGUUUGGUUCAGGAGGAGCGACCGGACCGGCUCCUUCGACAACAUGGCUUGGACCCUGAGAAACAAGUUGCCUGGCGAUGCAUCCCAAUGGAGGAGGUCAACGUCAAGGGCAGCGAGGUCGCAUCCCGCAGCGGCUUCGCUCCGGUGGGUUUGGCCGCGCGGCCGUCCGGUGAGAUCGCUUGGAGGAUCCCCGCCGAGCCGCCCAUCUACCAGAACAUCGAGGAAACGGACCCUGCGGCCGGGCUUUGUCAUCCGCGGCAUCCCUGCAAGGACAUGGCCAAAAAGAUCCUCAAGGACCCCGCAGGUGUGCCCUACUGGGUCAUCACUUCUCAAGGAGGCAAGCCAGACGAAGAGAUGGACACUGGGCCAGUGAGCCAAUCCAAAGGGGUGAUGAUGAGCUGCCAACCGAAUGGCCAUAUGGAGUGACGAUGUGGCAUUGCUGCGGCGGUGUUUCUUUUUUCAGCUGUACUGUGCCCGCCUGUGCGUUUUGAAAAGCAUAGAAGUAAGUUAAAAGUAAAUUGAACAUACAAACUAAACACACGUCAUGGAAUUUCACGGUUCAGACCUCACCAGGCAGGCGUGACCAGCGCCGUCGCUACUUCUCAGUUUCACUGGCCGUGCAGGAGCGCACGCCCCAUGCGCCGAAGACGCCGGAGAUGGAGCUUUUCCCACCGGGCCUCAGCGCGCUGCCCAAAUUCCUCAAAGGUGCAACAGGAGCGCAGUUCUUGUGAGCGUGACGAAAGCAGACGGUGCGUCGGGUGCGUCGCCGUGGGCCUCGGCCCACGGGGUGAUCCAUCAGCGAUCGGACCUCUUGCGGUCGCAAAAGGCGAGCGUUUCGGGUGCCCAGACACGACGUGUUUGGGACCCGACCCCGAC